UCACAACAAAAACACAGACCGGUACCAUCCACAUGUAUUUCAAUUGUACCUGUGAAAUUGCUUCAUAAUUUGUCACAAAAUCCUUUUGAUCAGGAACGUUUUUGAUGCAUUAAUCUAUUUGCUGUGAACUAUGGAUAAAAUGGGUUCUGAGGAUAAGCAAUGGCAAGCGGAAGAGAAGAAGCACAAAAAGGUUCAAAAAGUGUUAGAGGAUAAAUGGAAACUAGUACCAGCUUUCCUUCAGAUUAAAGGUUUGGUUAAGCAACACAUCGAUUCCUUUAACUACUUCAUAAACGUGGAUAUCAAGAACAUCGUGCGGGCCAACGAUGAGGUGAAAAGUGAUGCGGAUCCAUGCUUCUACCUGAAAUAUCUGAAUGUAACCAUCGGUAUGCCCGAUGUUGAGGAAGGGUUCAACAAUACUAAAACAACCACUCCCCACGAGUGUCGAUUGCGAGACAUGACUUAUGCGGCACCCAUUACCGUUGAUAUUGAGUACACGAGAGGUACGCAACGAGUGGUUCGAAACAGUCUGCUCAUCGGGCGGAUGCCUAUCAUGUUGAGAUCGUCUAAUUGUGUGCUGACGGGCAAAUCUGAGUAUGAGCUUUCCAAGGUUAAUGAAUGCCCAAUGGAUCCGGGUGGUUACUUCGUGAUUCGCGGAACGGAAAAGGUCAUUCUUAUCCAGGAGCAGGUCUCGUGGAACAAGAUGAUUACCGAAGAUUACAACAACGUGAUCCAGUGUCAGGUAACGAGUUCCACGCAUGAGAAAAAAUCCCGUACGAUUCUGCUGUCCAAACAUGGCAAAUACUAUCUGAAGCACAACUCGAUGACGGAGGAGAUUCCGGUUGCAAUUAUUUUCAAAGCGAUGGGAAUUGCUUCCGACCAGGAGAUUAUGCAGCUGGUGGGGAUCGACAUUGAAACGCAGAAACGGUUCUCUCCCUCACUGCUGGAGGCUGCCCAUCACAAGGUUUACACGCAGCAGCGUGCGCUCGAGUAUAUGGGAUCGAAGUUGAUUGCGAAGCGGUUCACAACAGCGGCCACUAAGUAUAAGACAACGGCGGACGAGGCGAGAGAUUUGCUGGCAACGACAAUUCUGGCACACGUUCCGGUGCCAAACUUCAACUUUCAGGUAAAAGCAAUCUACGUGGCUCUGAUGAUUCGCCGCGUUAUGGCUGCUGAGUUGGACAAAUCCGCGGUGGACGAUCGGGAUUACUACGGCAACAAACGGCUCGAGCUGGCUGGAUCUUUACUUUCGCUUAUGUUCGAAGACUUGUUCAAACGAUUCAACUGGGAGCUGAAAAUGAUCGCCGAUAAAAACAUUCCCAAAAUCAAGGCGGCUCAGUUUGACAUCGUGAAACACAUGCGAGCAGCGCUGAUUUCUACCGGACUCGAAACCGCAAUUUCAACGGGGAACUGGACCAUUAAACGGUUCAAGAUGGAACGGGCGGGAGUGACACAGGUGUUGUCCCGGUUGAGCUACAUUUCCGCGCUCGGAAUGAUGACCAGGGUGAAUUCGCAGUUUGAAAAGACGAGGAAAGUGUCCGGUCCUCGGUCGCUGCAGCCCAGCCAAUGGGGAAUGCUGUGUCCAUCGGAUACCCCCGAGGGGGAGGCUUGUGGUUUGGUGAAGAAUUUGGCGCUCAUGACCCACAUCACAACGGAAGUGGACGAGGAACCGGUGAUUCGAUUGGCUUACAACUCUGGCGUGGAGGACAUUCGUCUGCUGGGAGGUGAAACCAUCAAUAACCCGAAGGUAUUCAUGGUUUUUAUUAAUGGUAACAUUUUGGGCGUAACUAUUGGUUAUAAGCGGUUGGUGGAAGUGUUUCGGAUGAUGCGAAGGAAGGGUUUGAUUGGGUCGUUUGUUUCGAUUCAUACAUCGUUCACGCAACGUUGCGUGUAUAUUCACACCGACGGUGGACGCCUGUGUCGACCGUAUCUGAUCGUUCAGAAUGGGAGGCCACUUGUGCAGCAGGAACAUAUCGAGCAGCUGAAAGUUGGGAUACGAAAGUUCGAUGAUUUUCUACACGAUGGAUUGAUCGAGUAUCUGGACGUGAACGAAGAAAAUGAUUCGUUCAUUGCUUAUCAGGAGGCGGAUAUUGAUCCAACCAAAACAACUCAUCUGGAAAUCGAGCCCUUCACUCUGUUGGGGAUUUGUGCGGGAUUGGUUCCGUAUCCACAUCAUAAUCAGAGUCCUCGUAAUACCUAUCAAUGCGCUAUGGGUAAGCAGGCAAUGGGAAUCAUUGGAUACAAUCAGAAGAAUCGUAUCGAUACACUGAUGUACAACAUUGUCUAUCCCCAAACACCGAUGGUGCGGUCUAAGACCAUCGAACUAACUAAUUUUGAUAAGCUUCCUGCAGGGCAGAAUGCAACCGUUGCGGUGAUGAGUUACUCCGGAUAUGAUAUUGAAGAUGCGCUGAUUCUGAAUAAAGCCUCGAUCGAUCGAGGCUAUGGCCGCUGCUUGGUGUAUAAAAACAGCAAGUGCACCAUUAAACGUUACAGCAAUCAAACCUUCGACCGUAUCAUGGGACCGAUGAAAGAUUCCCUCACCAAUAAAAUAAUAUUCAAACACGAAUGCCUCGAUACUGAUGGAAUCGUAUCACCAGGCGAGAAAGUUGUGUCCAAACAAACAAUGGUAAACAAAGAAAUGCCCGCGGUGAAAUCAAUCAACCCGAUCGAACAGAAGGAAGCCGGUCAGCAACCGAUCACGUACAGUCCGGUGCCCAUAUCCUACAAAGGCACAGAGCCGAGCUACAUCGAGAAAGUAAUGGUGUCCACAAACAAUGACGAAGAGUUUCUCGUGAAAAUUCUUCUCCGACAAACGCGGCGCCCGGAGAUAGGGGAUAAAUUUAGCUCCCGUCACGGACAGAAGGGUGUUACCGGUUUGAUAGUGGACCAGGAAGAUCUACCGUUCAACGAUUUUGGAAUGUCACCCGAUAUGGUGAUGAACCCACAUGGUUUCCCCUCGCGUAUGACAGUGGGAAAAACCCUCGAGCUGUUGGGCAGCAAGGCUGGCGUUUUGGAAGGUAAGUUCCACUAUGGAACAGCUUUCGGGGGCUCCAAGUGCCAGGAUCUGCAGGAUGAGCUUUUCAAGAAUGGUUUCAACUAUCUCGGAAAGGAUGUGUUUUACUCGGGAAUCACCGGAGAACCACUGGAGAUGUACAUCUACUCCGGCCCUGUGUACUAUCAGAAGUUGAAACAUAUGGUCCAGGAUAAGAUGCAUGCUCGAGCGAGAGGUCCUCGGGCGGUUCUCACUCGACAGCCGACGCAAGGUCGUAGCCGCGAGGGUGGUCUGCGUCUCGGUGAAAUGGAACGCGAUUGCCUGAUCUCCUAUGGCGCUUCCAUGCUGAUUAUGGAACGCCUUAUGAUAUCUUCGGAUGCAUUCGAUGUGGAUGUUUGCAACGUCUGUGGAAGACUUGCGUACUCCUCGUGGUGCCACAAUUGUCGAUCAUCCGCCAGCGUAUCGAAGAUUUCGAUGCCAUACGCGUGUAAACUACUGUUCCAAGAGCUCACAAGCAUGAACAUUGUGCCGCGAUUGAAAUUAAGAAACUAUUAAACAAAGGUAAGCACUUAACGUUAUUUAUUUGAAAUAAAACGCCCUGAAUUUA